UCUGCCAUAUGAGCCUGCUAAUUGCCAACUAUACGUAGACGGUUUCAAAUGCACUGGCACAAUGACAGCAGCUGCCCGACACUCUCGUCCGAUGAUACCAAUGACCUAAAUUGUUACGAUGAGUCCCGAAUAAAAAAUGCAUCUGUUGGUCUUUGAGUCUGUCAGUAUUCAGCAUAGACAAUACAGGAACGUAAGGUACUUUAGUCCUUCAUGAAUAUUUAUCGCGACGAAGUGCCGCCGCGGGUCGGGGUUUCGCGGACUGGACUCGGGCGGGGCUGCACCCUAAUGCAAUGAUUCAUAUUAUUCGGUUUGCGGCCGAGUUGAACGUCUUCCAUUAUUGUCAUUCAUCGGAGGAAGUGGGCGGCGAGGGGCGGCGCGGGUGCUGCCGGCAGCCCCCCCGCACAAUUCUCUCUCAGUCGCUCGCCGACACUCUCGCUAUUAACACGCGAGAGCCGCGAUGCACGUCACCUACGCUUAACGCAUCCAGUCGUGAUUCGCGUGUGUGUGCCUUCGUGCUCCGUGUUCCUAAAGUCUCGAAGCUCAAUCAAGUCACGUACAGUGCAGCUACAGCCAGUGCGCUCUUACAGCCCAGCAGAAACGUUAGCCGAGUGCACUACCAGCACCUAGCACGCCGGAGCCGACGGCUCAGCUGACCGGCGCGCCCACUGCCUACGACCGCACGAGCACCGGCGGUUGUCGUUCAGCGAGCGGAGCGGGUGCGGGCGCGGUGACGGUCGCGAGCGCGAGCGCAGGCGCGGGCGCGGGCGCGUGCGCAGCGCGCAUGGCGAGCGCAGGCGCGCAGUACCGCGGCGGUGCGCAGCAGUGGCCAGCGGCGUAUACGCCGCAGCCCUGCCGCUACCCGCCGCCGCCUCAACCCUACGCUGCGACACCCAGCCCUUACACGCCGCACCAAUACGGUAGUACGACAAUGGGGGGCGCAACAGGGGCGCGUGUUCCGACCGCGGCGUCACCAGCCAACACUGCGUCCUCGUCGUCCUCUAACACGGGCUCUGCUGGCGGCACCCGUUCUACGAGCCUCAGCACCGCACCCCCGCCCCCCGCCUCCUCGGCGUCUACCACCGGGGCUACUGGAGAACAACUUAGCCCCACCAACCUAUACAUACGUGGCCUUAACCAAAACACCACCGACAAGGACCUCGUUCAAAUGUGCCAGAUGUACGGCAACAUUAUUUCUACUAAAGCAAUAUUGGAUAAAAAUACGAAUAAAUGUAAAGGUUACGGUUUUGUAGAUUUUGAAACAAUCGCAUCAGCGGAGGCAGCUGUUAAAGGAUUACAAGCCAAAGGUGUUCAGGCCCAGAUGGCUAAAGUGGGUAUCUGGUUCCUGCGUAGACUGAACCGUCAACAAGAACAAGACCCCACCAACUUAUACAUGGCGAACCUGCCGCCACAUUUCAAGGAGAACGAUGUGGACCAAUUGCUCGCGAAAUUUGGGCAAGUUGUAUCAACGAGGAUCUUGCGUGACACCCAUGGGCAUAGCAAAGGUGUGGGCUUCGCAAGGAUGGAGUCGAGAGAGAAAUGCGAACAGAUUAUUCAAAUGUUUAAUGGGAACGCAAUUCCCGGUGCGAAAGAACCUCUGCUUGUUAAGUUCGCUGAUGGUGGUAAUAAGAAAAAGGCGCUGUACAACAAACAAAACGAAAAUAACGGCAGAGUGUGGCGAGAUAACAACGAAUCCAUUACGCAGGUGAUGAUGUUGUGUGCGCAGGUGAUGAGCGCGGGCGGCAUGUACGCGGGCGGCGUGGGUGGCGCGGGCGCGGGCGGCGAGUGCGCGGGCGUGUACCGCAGCGGCGCCGGCAUGUACAGCGUGACGGCGUUCCACCACCCGCAGCUGCACCACCACCACCACGCCGGCCACCCAGCCGCCUGGCUGGCGCCCUACCCCGCCAUCAUCCCCUCCGCGCACCCUGCGCAUCACGCCGCGCACGCCGCGCACCCCGCUCACAUACCCAUCGACUCGGUGCCUAGCCAAUACGUAAACUGGGACAGCAUAAGGCAGGAAAGUGAAUUAUACUACUUCCCGUCGCACCCUUACCAGUACUUCCCGGGUCCGACGCCGCCCAUCAUCCAGAUGCCGAUGGAGAGCGAGCACGCGUCGACGGCAGCAUCCCCCGACGAGGCCUACCAGACCUACCCGCCUCCCAAGUAGACCAUAAGCCACAAUACUACAAUCCGUGCUGUACACGAGCCAAAAAUCAAAGAAACUGUGACUUUUUAAAAUGUUAAUUUGUUUUAGUUUUAAUUUGCGGCCGUUAUAGACUUCAUCGAAAGCUCCGCCGGCGCGACCCGCGUCGCCGACGUCUACUAGCUACUAAGCCUAAUUGUACUUGUGAAAUUAUCGCCUCGACUAUUUAUUUUUUGAGUGGGCUUCGUUUCGGAUCCUCUUGGUUAACGCUGGAUGUUCGAUUCGCUGUGAUGUUUUGAUGAGGUCUUUUGACGGUUCGAGGAGAGGAUUUGAUGCAUAGAUUUAGGCAACAAUCUGCAAUUUUAAAUGUGUUUUUACAUUAUAAUUUUAUUAUUGUUUUAUAAAAGAUAAAUUUUAGAUUUUUAGAGACAGGAUUGGAGGUGUUGACAAGAUUAUUUAAGAUAGUUAGGUAUUUAUUUUAGUAUAGUAUAAUUUCAUUGCUGAAAUUUAAAAAUGAUAGUCUCGUCUUCGGAUGAGAGAUAUUGACAAAAUUUUACUUUUAAUCAGUGUCAUAUUAAAAAAUAUAAGAAACCUGAACACUAGAUUGAAUAGUUGAGCGGAUUGAACAUUACAAUAUCAAACAAAUAUGUGCAAUCACUAGACACACUCAGAAUCUGUAUAUAUAUAUAUAUAU